AUGAGUUACAGCUUUACGGGCUGUUUAGUUUUGCAGGUCGCGGUGGUCACCUUCUUAUGUUUCGAAUACGCGCUAACGGACACCAUAAAGUUAAGCAUCAUGAUACAAUUGAAACUUCACUUUAAAUAUCUGAAGUUAAGCGUUCAAGAGCUGAUCGCAAAUGCAAAAGAUGAAUUUUGCAUGGAGAACGAAUUGGAAAGCUGGUCGGUCUGUCAGUAUGAUAUACCUUUCGUAUACCUCCAAAAGCAAUCGAAAAGAGUUAUCGACCAUUAUAAUUACAUCAUCCAAGUUGCAAGCGAAACGGAAUUGAUAUUUAACAAAUGUGUGCUGUUUAGUUUUAUUAGCAUGUCGUUUGUGAUUUGUCUCGCCAUGUUGCGGAUAUCAAAUAUGCAACAAGUUAACACCGAACAUUUAGAGUUUUUAUUUUAUAUAAUUGCGCCUUUGAUAGUGUUUUUCGUAGAUUGCUAUUUUACACAGGAAGUGAUUACAGAGAAUGAAGCUUUCGCUUACUCGUUUUACGAAAUUGAUUUUAUUGGAACCCACUUGGCAUUCCAAAAAUGUUUAAUUUUAUGUAUCGCAAGAGCUCAGAGGUUAGUUUCAUUUACGAUUGGAAAAUUUGUGCCUCUUACGAUGGUUGCAACAAUUACAAUCGUGAAAGCGUCAUUUUCCUACUACACCUUGCUGAAGAGCCGCAAUAAGGAUUAG